AAUGCGUGCCGAGAAAGUACUUGAAAGCGCAUAUAAAAGGCGGUGAUCUUAAGCUUAGAGUCUGGGUUCCAGAGAUCGGUGACACCAGUCUUCUCACUCUGAUCUCUGAGAAUGCUCGGAAGGGGAUUUCAAGAAAAAUCGAGAUCAGGAAAAACGUAACAACUGUACAGACUAAAGAUGAAGAAAGUGCCAGCCCAGAAGAAGAACUACCGAUACAAAACAACAGCCUUCCUCAUGGCUGGGUAAAUUUCUUGGUCACUUCAAAAGAAAAGUUCACGGUAACUGUUCCUGACGUCAGCCUAACUCUCAUAGAUAUACAAGAUGUUGUUCUGGACAAAAACAUAAAAAUCACAGGAAGCAAUGUGACAGUCAACUGCAGGUUACCCACGAACCAGUGGGAAGUGUCCGCCAGCCAGGAAGCCGUUAUUCCGCUGAGCCUGGACGGUCCCCACGACUUCAAGCUGUUUUCAAGAACUCCCUUCACGCCCGUGCUGGCGGUCGGAUUCGGCAGCCUGGGACCUGUUAGCUUCCCUUCGUUAAGCAGUGUCUUUAAGUCUGAAUCCCAACAGCUGACCGCUUUUUUCGUGUAUAAUUUCACAACUGUGUUGACGACCAAAAGGAAUCUACUAAGCAGUUCAUGUACACAAAUUGCGGAGGAAUAAACAUCCCACCUAAGGUGGAAACCUAAUACAUCAGUCAUCAUGGUCUGGUGGCCUUUUUGAACGCUUGAUUAGGGUUGGGAAAAGUAGUUUGAGCAGGAUUCUUUGAGCUUCAAACUCUGUCGUGUGAAAUACAGAUCUCCGUUUUACAGAUAUGAGUGAAUCUCGAGAUGAUGAAUUUCUUAUCCCCAGUAAAUUGCUGGCUUGACGCAAUAUAGUGUUCACCCCUCUCUGUGAAUGAAUUUGCUGAGGAUGCUCCAGGAGAAACUGUCAACCAUUUUCUAAAUAAAGAUAUUGUUCUGGUUAA